AUGGGGUUUCCAAAUUGGCUUGCAUUUUUGUUAGUUCGUUUUUUUCUAGGACUAGUUUCUGCUGUUUCUGCUAGUUUACUUUCUUCCACGGUAGCUACUUACAUCUAUUCGAAUAAUCAAAAGCAAAUGGGCGAGCUAGACUUAACCAAAAGAAAGGAAACUUCCUAUCGUCAACAACGUUUCUCCCUAGUGGACCAUCCGCUUCUUUAA